ACGUUCGAGAUGCAGAGGCCCAUAACCCUUGACGACAUCGACCCGCACCUGAGCUUCCUCUGCAACCGGGGGAGCAACGCAGUCGUCACCUUCCGCGGGGAGCAGGCGCAGCUUGCUGCCCUGCUCGCCACCCAGAAGCAGCAGCUGAGGAACCAUACCAUCAGCGUGCGGAUCAAGGGGUGUGAGCUCGCGGGCAACGAGUACGUCACGAUGGUCAACGACGACUUUGACCUGACGCUCCUUGAAGUCGUCGGCAUCCCGCCGGGAACGCAGGAGAAGACGGUCCUGUCGACCUUCUCUAUCCCCCUGAAGGAGUUCAACGUGCAUGCCAACAGCUCGAGGGCGGAGGGAGAGAGCACGGGAUGGGCGGAGCUGCUGUACGAAAGCACCGAGCUUGCGCUCUGCGUCAAAGAGAACAUGCACAAGGCCAAGUUCGUCCGCUCCUCCAUGCACUCCUCUGCUCCUGCAGCCUCCUCCACCUCGGACUUGGACAGGGCGCGUGCGGGAGGAUGCGUCAUCAUCGAGCGCGGGGAUAACGACCCUGUCGGGUUCCUCAAGGUGACGGGGCUGCCGUGGGAUGUGAAGACAGAGGAGGUGCACACGUUCUUCAACCUCGUCCCAAUGUCGCAGUUCAGCUCCCUGCGGCAGGAGAAGGACUCUGCUGUGCUCGUCUACAAGCACCGCGCUAUCUCCUCCACCAUCUCCUCCCGCUUCGAUAGGUCGCGUCCCUGGGGGGCCAACUCCAAGAAGGUCUACCUGAACAUCGUCGACCCUGCCUCCUCCUCCUGCCGCGUCUUCGUCUCCGGCCUUCCCUU